AUGUGUGUUGAUGGGCGAGCCGGUUUCCUGCUGGGAGCCGUGACACCAGCGCUCCCAGCAGCGUCACCAUCCUGGUGGUCUGUGGUGCUGGUGGUCUGUCUGCAGCUCCUCCCACUGAGCCCGGUCCAGGCCAGCGUCUGCUGGUCCCAGGUCUCCCCCCCGGUUAACACGUGCCUCUGUGCCUCGGACCUGGUCAGCUGCACCGCCCUGGGUCUGGAGCAGGUCCCUGCAGGAAUCCCAGCGUCGGCCGUGACUCUGGAUCUCAGCCACAACCGGAUCGGUCAGUUAACGGAGGCCGUCUUUGAAGGACUUGUUCGACUGGAGAUGGUUCGGUUGGCUCACAACCGGCUGAGGGAGAUUCAACAAGGGGCCUUCCAGAACACCUCCGGAGCACUGCUCCGACACCUGGACCUGUCGUCCAAUCGCCUCCGUGCUUUGAAGCAGCACUACUUCCUGGAGUUGUCGGGGUUGGAGGAGCUGCUGCUCUUCGACAACAGGAUCGUGCAGGUGGAGAGCCGAGCUCUGGCUGGACUGGGGAACCUGCGCAAGGCCUACCUCAGUCACAACCGCCUCACCCACUUCCCCUUCUUCACCAUCCAAGAGCACAGCCACCCUCACCUGACCAUGCUGGACCUGUCCUCAAACCGCCUGCUCAAACUGCCCCUGGAGGAAAUAGAUAACUUACCCCUUCCUGUCCAGAGAGGCCUGUACCUCCACAACAACUCUCUGGAGUGCGAGUGCUCGAUGUUCGGACUGUUCCGGCGCUGGGAGCAGAGAGGCUACGCCUCCGUGAGACACUUCAGACAAGAGCACACCUGCCGGGUCUAUGGAAUCCAACAAGGAACCGUCCGCUUCUUCCAGCACGACAGAUACUUUGAGAAAUGCAACCUGACGGCGAUGGGUCAGCCGCUCACAGAGCAGGCGAGCAGCGUCUCGGUGGGGGGGGGCAAGGCGCUGCUGCUGCACUGUGUGACCUCGCUCAGUGGACACAGCGUCACCUUUCUCUGGGUGUCACCAAAUCAGGAGUACGUGGCUCCACCGGGGAACAACGGGUCAUUGAAGAUGUUCCCCAACGGGAGCCUGGAGAUCGUGGCGGCGCGGUCCGAGGACGCUGGCGUGUACUGGUGCAUGGCGCUGGACCAGCAGCAGCAGCGGAACCAAACCCGGGAGGUCAACGUGACGGUGAACGCUGAGAGCGGAUCUUACGAGUCCUUCAACACCGGGUUCACCACCCUGCUGGGCUGCGUGGUGAGCCUGGUGCUGGUCCUCAUGUACCUCUACCUCACGCCCUGCCGCUGCCCUGCGUGCACCAAGGUCCCGCCCCCAGCCGGCCAGGGCGCUGGCAACGAGGCCGGGGCAGGAAGUGGCCAAUCCUCCAUCCUCAACCCAACUCCGCCCACAACCACCGAGGGCCCGGGCCGCAAGGUCAGUACCAACAAGCAUGUGGUCUUCCUGGAGCCUCUCGUAGAGCAGCAGAAUGGCCGACUGAGGGCGGGGCCAGGCUCGGGGGCGGGACCAGGCUUGGGGGCGGGGACAGGACACGUGGGUCCAGGUUUACUUCUAGGGCCAGAGCCGCAUCCCAAGCUCCACGGCCAAUCGCAGCAGAGGGCGCGGGAGACGGACUCCAUCUUGUCCGUGUUCUCAGAACCACCCAUCAUGUUGCCAUAG